GAGAAAAACUCGGAGACUACAGAGAUUCCCAAGUCUUAUCUGCAUCAUUGGAAAUGGGUUUGUCUUUAAUUUCUUCCACGAACCUUGCUCUGAGACUUUCUCAGAUACCCAAAUCAUUCUCACCUGAUUUGGAGCGAAAGCUGCCUCUCUCAUUGAAUUUCACAAGUAAUUCUAUCGGACUGGGAAUAUUGGAUUAUGGGGCGCGGAGGGUUUCAUUCAUCUCUACUAUUCCUGCGAGAAGACUCUGUUCAAAGGCUGUGUUAUCUGAAAUUCCCAAUGAGAAGCGGUAUCCGAAAGUGGGUGCUGAAUCGACUGGACCCAUUCCUUCUAAUGUGCUUCUUGGAGCCGUUGAAAAUGCUGCGAAGACCGGUGCUGAGGUUGUGAUGGAUGCCGUCAAUAAACCUCGCAAUGUUAAGUAUAAAGGACUCACGGACUUGGUGACUGACACAGAUAAAAUGAGCGAGGCUGCCAUCCUAGGAGUAUUGAAAAGGAAUUUCAGUGAUCAUCUUAUUCUCGGGGAGGAGGGUGGGAUUAUUGGGGAUUCGUCUUCUGAUUAUCUCUGGUGCAUUGAUCCAUUAGAUGGAACAACAAAUUUUGCACAUGGCUAUCCAAGUUUUGCGGUAUCUGUAGGAGUUCUAUUCCGAGGAAAGCCAGCUGCUGCUGCUGUGGUGGAAUUUGUAGGGGGGCCAAUGUGUUGGAAUACCCGCAUAUUUUCUGCAUCAGCAGGAGGUGGAGCUUUUUGUAAUGGACAAAAAAUUCAUGUUAGUCAAAGUGAUCAGGUGGAACAAUCUCUUCUAGUGACUGGAUUUGGAUAUGAACAUGAUGAUGCAUGGGCGACUAACAUAAACCUAUUCAAAGAAUUUACAGACAUCAGUAGGGGUGUGAGGCGGCUUGGUGCAGCUGCAGUGGACAUGUGUCAUGUAGCUCUUGGCAUUGUAGAAGCUUACUGGGAAUAUCGUCUAAAACCAUGGGACAUGGCUGCUGGAGUUCUGAUAGUUGAAGAAGCAGGUGGAGCUGUGACAUGCAUGGAUGGAGGAAAAUUCUGUGUGUUUGAUAGGUCAGUUCUGGUAUCUAAUGGUCUGGUGCAUGCGAAGCUCUUGGAGAGAAUAGGUCCUGCAACAGAGACGCUGAAGAACAAGGGGAUAGAUUUCGCUCUGUGGUUUAAGCCAGAAAAUUACCACACAGAUUUUUGAAUUCUCCUUCAUCCCCUCCCCACCCACCCCCAAUGCUCAAAAGUAGUGUAUUAGAAACAUUUUUUUUUAUUUUGUGUCUCAUAUUACCAGAACUAAAUCUCCCCAUUCAGAUUGGGAUGAGGCUAUGUUGAGUUGUACACUAUAUCAUUUCUAUAUAAAUGGUUUAUCAUCCAUGUGAUUGGAUUUUCUCAUAUGCUGUGAUUUUCAAUAUUUUCUGUCACAACGGGUCAGCAUAAGUUUUUUAGUGAGGGGAAGAUGGAGAUGAAUGCUGACUGCAUUUUGGGUGAAGCAGUUGUGGAUACUGAGAUUAUGAUUUGUCUUUUGCUUGAUAGAAAAAAGUGAUGUUUCAUUCAAAUUGUAUGUUUUUUUCAAAAAUAUUACUCUUUCAAUUGAAAAUACAAUUCUUAAAAGAAGCAAAGUUUUUGUUA